GUAUGCAUGGAGAGAGGUCCAUGAAGAACCCACCCGAUGAGAAGCCCAUCGCAAUCGCAUUCCCAUUUGAUGGUGUGGAUGGACGGACCUAAAGAUCCUCAUGCACACGAGCGCACCUCUCACACGCACGCAUCCCUCUCCUCUCCUCUCCUAUCCUCCUCUGUAAAGCUAUCAAGAAUCCACAACUUUCACUUCACACCAUACGGUCCUUUUACAACUCAUCUCUUCCCACCUUUGAUCACGACUCCUGUACAAGUUAUCGCUUCCCCCAGCAGACACGGACUCAUUUAUGCUCACCCCUCCACUCGCAUCGUUCGGCACCAAACCUGUAUAUAAGUAGUGCUGCUACCGGGUAGAGAAGGAGAAGGAUAAGAUCCAGAGGGAGGGAGGGAGGGAGGCGGAGGGGGGGGAGAAGGAAAAACUAACAUGGAGCUUUUCCCGGCACAGCCUGACCUGUCGCUGCAAAUUAGUCCUCCUAGUAGCAAGCCCACGCCAAGCUGGAGCAGGACGAGUGAUGAGAAUCUUGACUUAGGGUUUUGCUGGAGAGAUAUAGAGUCCUCCGACAAAAGCGACACCGCGCCAUCGCUGGCCAAGGCUGACAACGCCGGCUUUGAGUUCUCCUUAGCCAACCAAAGUGCCUCGGAGACCCACGGCACCAACAGAGGCCACCACCACCACCACCACCUCCACUUCCAUCAGCACCACCCGGUGCUUCACCAAGGAUACCGCCAGGAUCUCGGUCUGUUAAUGCCGAUAAGGGGAAUUCCCGUGUACCACAACCCUCCUGCAGCCUUCCACUUCCUCGAGAACCAACAGCAGCAGCAGCAACACCACCACCAGCCACAUUCAUGUGACUCGGCGGCGCAGGGAUCGUCGAGGUCGACCUCGAGAUUCUUGCCGCGCUUCCCUGCGAAGCGAAGCAUGAGAGCCCCAAGAAUGCGGUGGACGACCACGCUCCACGCCCGCUUCGUCCAUGCGGUGGAGCUACUGGGAGGCCAUGAAAGGGCAACACCCAAGUCAGUCCUUGAGCUCAUGGACGUCAAAGAUCUCACCUUGGCUCAUGUGAAAUCUCACCUACAGAUGUAUCGGACCGUGAAGACGACCGAUAGACAAGCAGCUUCCUCUGGUAUCGCAGGGCAAAAUGAACCUAUAGAGAUUUCUGAUGACAACUUGCCUGAGAUCCAGGGAACAGAAGCUUCCGGUCAACGAGCGAGGUCUACUGAAGAUACGGGCACAGAUGAUUAUGGCUUAUGGAGCAAUUCUUCCAGGGGAGGCUGCUUCCUCGAUAGACCGAGCGAUUCCACCGCGUGGAGCGUAAAUUCUUUCGAGGACAUGCAAUCAAAAGGAUCCGAGAUGGUGCCCGACGUGAACUCGUCAAGCUUCUCGGAGAGGAACACGGAAAAGCCCAAUCUUGAGUUUACCUUGGGAAGGCCACAUUGCAUCUAGAGUCGUCAUCCGGCAAGACAUGGUAUGACCAGAUGUGAUCACAUGAAAUCAGGUACCACCCAUGAGACCAAGAUCAUAUCAAAGGAAAGAGAGAAAGACAAGGAGACCAUUGAGGCAGAAAAGCAAGGAAAAGGGGACAUUAGUGUGUGUGGGGCGAGUAAGAGCUUUUCAAAGCUGAAAGAGCUUGUCCAAAGGCCAUGCUCCACUUGGAUAUCAUAUGGGUCUACUGAUACAAGCUGUUAAGACUGAGAAGAAGAAGACGAGUCUCUCUUUUCUCUUAGAACUGUCAUAAAAGCAAGAAAGGAUUGGGUUACUUCAUUCGCUUGCACAUGCACGAGUUUGCUUUUAUAGUUCCCCGACAAAGUGCAAAGUGAAAGGUUAUUAUGCUCUAAAUUGUUGUUGUCAGGACAUAUAUAUUUGUGGAAUAAGAACUCAUCAUAUAUAAUAUCA